AUGAAAUUUAUUAAGAAAUGUUUGAAAUAUCAAAGGCUUCAAUUAUAAUAUUUAAUUGGACAUACAUAGGUAGCUUUAGAACAAGAAAACAAAAUAUUUUGGACAGUAUGUGAAUUCAUUAGAAUGUUUUAAACAAUUGCCUUAGUUUUGCUAUAUAAACAUAUUAUUCGAAUGCUUAAUACGAAUAUUGAAAUAGAUAAACCAUCUUCAAGUUUGGAAAAGGUUGAACUUUUGUGUAGAAUUACUAUGCCUACUAUUUUGAUAUAAGAAUAUUUGUCCUUAGAACAAAUUAUAUAUUUCUAAUUAAUAUUUUUGGCAUCUCUCUUCUUAAUGUUACUUAUUAAUGUUUUAGCAUUAAGAUUAGAGUAUAUACAUUUUAAAUAAAUAAAAUUUUAGAAUAAGAAGGCUUUUAAUAAAGUAGAUGGAAACAGUUUUUGUAAUUUAUUAAAUUAUUUUUUAGAAUCACUCAAUCUUUUGAAUAGUACAUAUAAUAAUAAUGAUUUUACAGAACAUUUUUUAUUAAAAUAAUUAAUGGGUACAGAAAAUGGUUCACUUAUAGAAUUACAAUUAUAAAGAACAUCAAUAUUAACAAAUUAUUUUACACAUGUAAUGUUCUUACCAUAAAUAUAUUGGGUGGCUAUAAUCUUUUAUAGAAUUCAUAAUCAAACUAAUUAUUCGAUAGGAUUAUUUAUUUUAAACUUUACAUUAAAUUCAAUCUAAUUACUUUUUUUAAUAAUCUUAGAAACAUUAUCUUUAUACAUGUAACAAUCCUAUAGACUUAAAGAUACUAAUUAUUUGAGAUUAAGAAUCACUACAUCAUUUAAAAUAGGGUAGAUGUUAAGAAUAGUUCCAACUCUCAUUUAUUUUAGUGUCCUUUACAUUGUAGACCCACUUACAAUAUAUAAUAAUUAAGUAUUUGAGUAGGUUUUAUCAUGCUUUGGAAUUCUAAAUUUAAUAUUUGAUUUACAAGAUUAAUCUUUCAAUAUCCCAUUUGUUUAACCUUACAAAAUAUAUGUAUUUCACUUAGCAUUUUCUUUGGCUUUUUGUUUAUCAUCUCUUAAAUUAAUAUCAUUACAUAUAAAUGACAUUAUAACUUUAUCUAUGAUGAUAUCUCCUUGUAUGUGUAAAAUGCUUAACUAAUUAACUGAUUUCAAUUUUAAGAAAAUUAUUAUUCAUACACUUCAUCCUGAGAAUAUUCCACCAAAAUAAAAAAUAUUUAAACGUAAUUCUUAAUCAAUAACUAAAUCACUUAUUGUAAAUGAUGAUGUUCAUCAAAUUGAAAGAUAAAUCUGUUUAUAAAAAUUAGAAUAAGUGGGUAUGAUUAGACUCACUAAUUAUAAAUAUUUUCUAUAAUUCUUAAGACUAUAUGAAUUACUUUCUAUUAAUUAAUAACAUGUCUAUUAAACAACUGAUGUUUUUUAACCAAAUAAAUCUAAAUUUCUAAUGCAAUGCUUUAUUUUGAUCAAGACUCACAUAGAACUUUGUAAUAAUCUUUAUUGCUUUUGCAGAGGAUUUUGGGGAGAAAAAAAAUAGAUUCUCUCUUUAAAUAUUCAUAAAUAAGAUAUGAAAAUAUUUUCAGAUUAUACUUGCAAAGGCUUGACACUUUCUAUUGACAUUAUAGAUAGAUAUAUUAGAUAUUAUAUUAAACUAAUUUUGAAUAUAGAAAUUUAUGUCACUUAACCUAAUUUAACAUAUAUAGCAUAGCUUAUUAGUUUUCUUAGUAAAUCUGAAGAAUCCUUAUAAACUUGGUUAUAAGUUAUGGAGGUUAAAUUAUAAUUAUAAGAGUAAAAAAAACCAUUUGAUGAAAUUACUACUAAUUUAAUAUUUAGUUAUACAAAAUAUUAAACUCUAUUUAGAGCUUAAUUUUAAUUGAAUGAUAAAACUAUUAAAAAGACUAUUUUAUAUGGGGAUUACAGAAACACAGAAUUGUAAAGAAUUAUAUUUAUCCAUAAAUUAAUGUAAAGUUUGGAUGUAAAAAAGAAUUACUUAAUAAAAUUGGGCAAUGAUAAAUAAUCAUAUGAAGAAGUCUAAUAACUUUAUAUAGAAUCUAAUUCUUACUUCUUCUAACUUUAAACAGAAUUACAAGAAUUUCACGAUCAAUCACAAUGUAGAACAUCUUGUUUGCUUAUGAUGCUGUAUUAUAUAAAUGUUCGUUGUGAUUACAUACAAUUUUAAAAAUAUAAAAAUGUAUAUCUAUAUUCUUAAUUAUUAUAGUAUCUCAGAACCAAAGAUAUCAAAUUUUUUGAAUUUCCGAUUCUCUCAAAUACUUCUCAAAAUAUUUGCUAUCUGAAAGUGAAUUUAUCAAGAUUUUCAAAACAUAAAUGUAGAGGUGAGAUUUUAGGAAGAUCAGAAAAUUCGUAUUAAUUUUUUGGUUUUGAAUCUAAAGAGGAUUUUCUUCGUUAAAGAGUAACUGUUCAUGAAUUGGUUCCACCAUUAAUAUCAUCUGUUCAUAAUACUAUAAUUGAAUUAUUUUUAAUGAGUAAUAGACCAAAUGUUCUCAGAAAAGAACGUUAUCUUAUAGCAGAAAAGACGAAUUAAGAAAUUGUCUUUAUUGAGAUGUUUAUUGAUUUAUGUUUUGUAAUUACAGGUACUGAAUUUCCAGUAUAUUGUUUCAUGGAAGAAAUUAAACCUGUAGGAAUAUUUGAAAAUAUCAGAGGACAUAUAAUUAUAGAUGAUUAUGAAAUAAUUUAAGGAAUAAGUUCUUUAGCUUAUUAAUCAUUGUUUUUAGAUUCACCUAGUGAGAUUUGUAAUAGAGAAAUUUCUGAAUUUUAUGGAGAUUUCACUGAAAUUGCUUAAAGACUUAAUUAGAUGAUGGAUGGCAAAACUAGUAGAUAUAGAACUAUGAAAUAAUCAGGGGUUAGUCAAUAAGGAAUACAAUAAAGAGAUACUAAUUCUAAUUCUGUUUAUAAUCAUUAUAAAUUGAAAUUAGAAGAUCAAUUAUUUAUUAUGAGUGAAUAGGACAAAUUCUUUAUAGAUAUGACAAUAACUUUGGCUUAUGGAAUCAUUAAUGGCAAAAUUUCAAAAGUAUUGUUAUUUAAUUAUAUUAUAUUUUAAAUAGUACUAUGUGAUUGAGUUUAAUAAGGUUUAACAAAUUGAUAUUACUGAAAAUAAUGAUUCAAAUUAAACCAACAGUUUGAAAAGCAGUGUAAAGUAAUCUUAAUACACUUAAAGAACGAAUACUCUAUAUGAUAUCUAAGACAAUGAAAGAAGAAGUAGUGAAGAAUCUAUUAAAUUAUAGAAAUAUUCAUUUCCAUAAAUUAAUGAAUAAUGUAUUACAUCAACUUAAAAUUAAAUGUAAAUUUUGAAAUAAGAAUAAUCAGAUGAUUAAAUCAAAAUCAAUAAAAAAUAGGAAAGAAAAUCUAAAUUUUUUAAUUUCAAAGGAGUUGCAAGAAAAUCUGAUUCUAAUGAACAAUUUAAUAAUGAUCAUAAUUCUUAAUCUUCAAAUCAUAAAGCUUCAGUUACAUCAUAAAGGUUAUAAUUAGAUCUUCAAAAGUUUCUUUCAAAAGGAAUGUAAUAUUAAGAAUUCUCAAACUCUGAUCAUGAGAAAAUCAUUUUCGUAAUACAUUUAAUAAAUGCUUUGAUUUUAGGAAUUAUUUUAGUUUUUAUGUUACUCUACUAAUUAUAGUUUAAAAAUUAAGCAGAGUCAAUAAUUCCAACUAUUUAAAUUUUACAAGCUUUUAUAACCACAGAUUAUACUGACAACAUCUAAUUAUCUUUAAUGUAUAAUAAAUUACAAGAUCUAGAUUCAAAAGAUUAUUAUUAUCAACAUUUAGAAAGAUUAUUGAUAAAAGAUGCAAAAAACUAUUUAGUUUACCAAAAGAAUUAUUUUUUAAACUAGAAGAUAUAAGAUGUCUUUAGUUAAACAGAAGUAAAACAUGAGAAUGAUUAAGAUACAAGUGCUUGGAAUGCAGCUUUUUACAUCUUAUAUAAUUAAUUAGACUUCAUAUUAGAUCAGAAUUAAAAUCAAACUAAUUAAUUACCCACAUAUGUAAAUCUACUUAUAGAUUUUCCAUAUCAUAAAAUAACAUAUGAAAACAUCAAUUAAUAAUUUAGUGAAUACGUGAAUUUAUCUAUCGAUAAUUUUUCUGAAUCCUAAAAAGCUCUUAUAAUAAUUCUAAUUGUUUUAAGUAUUAUUAUUUCAAUUAUUUCUUUGAUCGUAUAUUACAAUUAUUUUAAAUACAUGAAAAAGAUAACCAGAUGUAGUGAGUAAGUACAAUUAGAUGCUUUAGAAUCAGAGAUAAAUAUAUGUGGCACAAUAUUAACAAAUAAAUAAGUAUUAUUUAUUAUAUAAUAUAGAAAUUAUGUCUUUAUGACUAUAAAAUGGAUUUUACAGCAAAUUUUGAUUUUCGUUAACAUCAAGAAGGACAAACGCAUUUUUCUAGUUAUAAAGUAAUUAAUACCUCACAAAAUAAUACAAAGCGUUCUCUUAAUUUUACUGAUGGUAUAUCCUUAAAAAGAGCCUUAAGUUUUUUAUAUCCUUUAUUUUGUCUGUCAAUUGCAUUAGUUUUUUUAGGAUUGACAUAUAUAGAUACAGAAAAUAUUAUGUCUGGUUUGCAAAAGGAUAUAAUAAUCUAUAAUUAAGGCAUUUAAUUUUAAGAAUAAUUUUCUUUAUUAUGCAUCAGUAGUAUAUUAUAAGAGAAUAAAGAUUAUAUUUUGAAAAAGAACUAAGUAACAGAAAUCUAAUUACAAUAAUAUUAUGAUUUUAUAUUGCCUUCAAUUAUUUAGGUUUAAAAAUUAAGUAAAACUAUUCGACUUCCAACAGGUAUUAGAAAUGCUGAAGUAAUUGGAUCCUUAUCUAUUAAUAUAUGCAAUAUCUUUUAAGAUUAAGUAGAUGUUUAAUUAUGUGAGAAAUUAGAUUAAGGGUUAUUGUAGAAUGGAGUCUUAGAAUCUACAUAAUUUUAUAUUGUACAAUAUAGAAACAACUUUGAGCGUAAUUAUUAAGACAGCUUAGAUUUUAGUACAUCUGAAGAUAUCGUUUCAAUAAAUUUCAUUAUUAAAGGAAUUACUAAUUAUAUAAACAAAUCUAAAAUUAAUUUAGAAACUUAUAUAGAGGAUUAAAUUAAUAUUAAAAUGAAUUGGUUUAUCUUCAUUUUUACACUCACAAUUAUUUUGUAAAUAAUUCUAUCAUUUUUAAUUUCAUCAAAUUUAAAAUUGAGAUUACAUUGUUUAAAACAAAUGGUUUAUUUAUUACCUAGAGAUACUUUAUAUACAAAUGAUAGUUUUAUGAAAACACUUAAUUAUGUGCAAAGACAUCAAAAUGAUUUAUGUUAAUGA